ACGGGACACUCGAAGCAAACUCAUUAAAAGAAAAUUACCUCGGCGUUUUUGUCACUUUCGGGGAAAUUUUUUAUUGCGCUUUAAUAAAAUCAUCUGGCAAUAAUGAAGAUGUGGCGCGUCAUUUACAUUCUAGUUGUUUGCGCUGGAAGCUUUGCAGAUGCGCAAGAAUGCUCAAUAGAUGGCGGUGACGUAUCAGUGUCCCUCACAAUUGACGACACUCACGUAAAUGAAGUAAUGUUUACUGGACUGGCAACCGGAAUUACCGGCGUGUCGCUUCUCUCCCUAUAUGUUUCCGAUUCUGCAGUAGAAAAAACCAUGGCGAUGUCUUACUUCAACUACAGUCUAGAUGGAAAUUUUACUCUGAGUACCACCAAAGAAUUCUCAAACGUCGACCAAGACUCUUACACCGCAGGACAAAACUUGGCUAUCAGUCUGGCUUUUAUUUUCGAAUGUCAAGUUAUCAGAGACCCGCCUCUCAGUUUGGCUUUUUUUGUAACGGUGUUGGACACGAAUAAUCACCCGCCUGAGUUUUCCGCGAACAUAUUCGAGUUUAACGUGCCUAUGCCCAUCAUGCCUAAAAUGGAUUUUUCAUUGUAUGGAUCAACGGUCGUAGAAGCUACGGAUAUCGAUUUUUCCAACACCUUGAUAAGUUUUAUGGUGGAACCCGAUGACUUCGAAGUCGGUGGAUUUCAAACUGGCAACAAGUCGUUCACGGCAACUUUUAGUGCCAGAUCGCUGAUGUGGCUAUCCCAACCAAAAACAUAUACCAUUGUGGCGACGGAUGCUGGGAAAAUUCCAGGACCAUUGUCAACCAACGCCACACUAAUUAUAACGGUAGACCAGAGUGCAGGUCUGGACAUACCCUCGUUUUCAAGGGCCACCUAUGCAUUUACGUAUUCCGAAACCACUGGGUCGCUGAGUUCAGAUGAAAGCAUCGUUGCCGUUACCAACAAGGUCGACAAGAUUGACAACGUUGGCUUGAACGGAUUGUACGCUUCGUAUUUUCAAGCAGAUCGACAGGGUGAAACGUUUACUAUAAGGAUCAACAGCCGUUUGCCAAUUAAUACCGAGUAUCCUAUAAUAUUGACGCUGAAUUUCCAAACAGACGUACUUGCAAGUACUACACUAAUAAUUGCCCUAGAAGCCGUCGAAUUGGACAGCCCCACAUUUAGUAAAGAUUUCUACAGAUUCAAUUAUGUUCGUGAAGCCUUUCAGAUACAAGCAAUCGACGGACCGGUCAUCUUAUUCACUUCAAAACCGGAUGGUGUAUCAAACUUAACUUUAACCGGAGAAUAUGCGCAGUAUUUCAUUUGCACUUUAGUGGAAAAUGAUCAACAGACUAUUAAGGUGGUACCUUCCGACGUUGUCUUGCCUGAGACUUCUGGAAGCGUAAUUCCUUUAGAGUUAAGCUUGACGACUGAUGCGCUUGCAAAAACGACUUUAAUCGUAACGAUAGAAGAGAAAGCUUCCUCUCAGCUAUAUUUUGCUACGGUAUUCUACACCUUUGAGUACAAGAUUGUCGACGGCCAACCCAUAUUAAACUCAACAGAUGGAAACAUCUCGAUAUAUGCCUCAAAUCCAGAGGAUGAAGUUAAUGUCACAUUCGAUGACGGAUUGGAAUACGUAGAAUACUUCAGCGUUAUAAAGCAAGGAUCCGGGUUUCAUUUACAGCUGCUUCGGCCUUUACCUUCUGACGCGUUAGAGACAAAAUCAAGCAUCGCUCUGAAGCUAGUUGCUCAAAACAGUGAAGGAAAUAUAGCUUAUGCAACUGCGAUUAUUAAUCUACCUGCAAGUGAUGUUGCGACGGACAAUUCCGCUUUCAAUGCGAAUAUUUACAUGGCUGCAGUAAUAGUCCUCUGUAUCCUGCUGCUUGCUGUGGUUAUGGUUGCUCUAUAUCUAUGGUGCCUCAAAAGACGGUUAUCACUAUAUGUCAAAUUGAUGGAGUCUUCCAUGGUCAAAGACGUACUACUAGGAACACCUAAACAAAAUAUAAGACCUUCAGGUACAAUGAUAGACGCAGUUCCAGGAGACCAAACCACGAACAGUGGCGUUACGUAUCGAAGUGAAUACAGAAUGCCUAUAAGAGAUAACAGGGCUGUUGAAAUUUUAUCCGUUGAUUUAAAACGUUUAAACGCAGAUAGGUGAACUAUUCACUGAAGUCCAAGGACUAUGCAGAGUAAUUUAUUGGAACAACGGGUAAAGAGACAAUCGAAUAUUCGAAGACGAUUAAUUUAUUAUAUUUUUUUUGGUGUAGC